GACCAACUCGAUACGCAAAUACACGUGGAACUUGCCCCUUUUUCGCUGAAGCCACCCGAGACUCCCAAGCUGAGCCAUGGAACUUUACAAUUCGUGAACCUGCACAUGACCAUCCUGCUAGCAAGAACUCACUAACUAAGCAAGGAAGGAGCUUUAAAUCUAAAACGCCAACUCAACGUCGUCCAAGGUCAACCAAUACCAAAUCGAAUCCAAGUCCUAUUCAAUCAACAUCCAAUUCGGUCAACCCACUACCCAUCACUUCACCCGCCAUCCAAUAUUCGAAUCUAUUUCAAAAGUUCGAAACCUUUAUGCGUAGAAUGAAUAACCUAGACCACUCAACACAGUCCGUCCUCCUGGAUGCCUUUCAACGACAGAUCGCCUUUGUCGAAUCCAACAAAGAUAAUCAAACGCAAAUCUUGGAAGAAUAUUUCAACCUUUCAAUCACUCCAAGCAACGAAACGCAGCUGUUUCAUACAAAAGCAUCAGGCUCACCAACACCUGAAAUAUCUGGCGAACCUCUAAUCUCUCCAAAGGCGUCUACAUCCAAUCCAAACCCAACCGAGACUAAGACUAGUCAAUCAGCUCCCUUUCAACUUAAUCAGGUGCCUUCCCAACCAUCAUGUCAGACAUCUUCUAUAGCUCCCGAUGCCUCCUCCCUCGAACGAACCAAUCACCCAACCAAUCAACAGGCAAAAGAGCCAGCCAACAUGUCUACACCACCCGAUUUCGAUAUGGAACUCAACAAAACGGCUGAUCAAGCUGAUGAUGAAGAAGAAUGA